AUGUCCAACAACGUUAUCGACAACACUCUUCCUGCCUCUCUCAAGUUGAAGACUGGUCAAAUCUUCCACGGUACCUCCUUUGGCGCUCCUGUCAACACUUUUGGUGAAGCUGUCUUUACCACAUCUCUUGUCGGCUAUCCCGAAUCAAUGACUGAUCCCUCUUACACUGGCCAAAUCUUGGUUUUCACUCAACCCUUGAUUGGUAACUAUGGUGUUCCUGGUCAAGAUAAGGACGAAUUUGGUCUCUACAAGUACUUUGAAUCCGAUGGCAUCCAAGUUCAAGGUAUCAUUGUCAAUGAUUAUGCCACUGAAUACUCUCAUUGGACUGCUGUCGAGUCCUUGAGCGAAUGGUGUGUGCGCCACAAUGUCCCCGCCAUCAGCGGUGUCGAUACUCGUGCUUUGACUCAACUUUUGCGUGAUCAAGGCUCCACUUUGGCUCAAAUCUGCGUUGGUGAUGAAUCUACUGUCGAUAACAUUAGUGCCCUCCAAUUCCCCAACCCCAAUGACGAGAAUUUGGUUGCCAAGGUUUCCACCAAGGUCCCUGUUACUUACAACCCCAAGGGUGAGCUCAAGAUUGCCGUCAUUGAUUGUGGUGUCAAACAAAACAUUCUCCGUUGUCUUGCCAGCCGUGGUGCUUGUGUCACUGUGCUACCUUACAACUACGAUUUCAACGCUGUCGCUGAUCAGUUCGAUGGUGUCUUCGUCUCCAACGGUCCUGGCUCUCCUGUUGCUUGUGUUGAGACCAUCAAGAACCUCAAGGUUGCCAUUGACCACUUGAAGAAGCCUAUCUUUGGCAUCUGCAUGGGUAACCUUUUGCUCGGAAUGGCCGCUGGUCUCCAAGUCUACAAGUUGCCUUUCGGUAACCGUGGUCAUAAUCAACCUGCUCUCAACGUUGAUACCGGUCUCUGCUACAUUACCUCUCAAAACCAUGGUUAUGCCUUGAAUGACACUUGCAUGCCCAAGAGCUGGAAGCGUUUGUUUGUCAAUGCCAAUGAUGGUUCCAACGAAGGUAUUCAACAUGAAACCAAGCCCAUCUUCUCUGUCCAAUUCCAUCCUGAGGCUAAGGGUGGUCCCCAAGAUACUCAGUACUUGUUUGAAGAAUUUUUGAAACAUGUUCGUGCUCAAAAGGUUGAAAGUGAAGGCUUCCAUGCUUCUAUCAGUGAUCUUCAAACAUCUACUGUUGCUGCAUUUGCCUAA